AUCAGAAAGAAAAGGCAGGCAGGAAGGCAGGCAGACAGACAGACGAGCAGACAGACAGGCAGGGCAGGGCAGGGCAGGCAAGCAAGCAGACAGACAGACACCCACAGACCUUUCGCAUUACCAUUGGGAGUCACAGAUCCAGUUUAGUGUGGAUUACCUGGAUUACUGCACGCCGACAGUCGCUCCAUACGGACUGGAACCUGCUUCCUAUGAACAAUGGAACAGAUGCCUUUACAAAUGUGUUAAGGGUUACUCCUUCUGAUUGGAUCCUGUUCAUAUUACUUUUCUUUGUCUUUUCUUUUUGUCCUUUUUUUCCUAUUUCUUUUUUUUUUUUCUUUUUCUUUUUUACAUUGGAAUUCCAGCGACUUUUUAUAAAUUAACCCAUUGGACACUGCGGGUUCUCCUGUUCUCGAAAAGAUGCAAUCACCAUGGGGACAGGUAAAGUGUUUAAGAUCAUAUGUGUUGACGACCACAACAACCUGUUGUUUUACAUCAUCGAUCACUACUGGAAUGGAGAGUGAAGACUGUCGUUGAAGAGGAGCCAAGAACUGACCAGAUGGAGGGCUGUGCUACUGACCUCUACAGGCAUCCUCAGCUGGACAUGGACAUAGAUUCGGUGAAGGCCAUCUACGCUGACACGGCUGUCUCCGUCAGAGAGCAUGGGUCUAUUGACGAUGUGGACGUUGACAUGCUAAUCAAUGUCAGCUUCCUGGAUGAUGAAGUAGCCAGGGCCUGGAAGAUCGUCCCAACAGAGCCUAUUAUUGUCCGGCUGCGCUUCUCACUGUCCCAAUACCUGAAUGGACCAGCACCCUCUGUGGAGGUCUUCCAACCGUCUAACAGAGAAGGAUUCAGCCUGGGACUACAGCUGCAGAAUUCAAAUCAGCCAUCUUCAGUGUCCACAUUAUUUUCAUCAUGUUUUGGUUUCUAUCCAUCCCAUGUGACAUCACGUCCUGUCUUCUCUCCUCAGAGGGUGGCGGUGUCUGCUGUCAAGUCCCCGGCUCACAUCACAACUAAACAGCUGGUUGAGCUGCUGUUCUCAUCCCAAGCCUUUAUUCAGUGCAAGUCAGCCCCCACCCUGCAACAUGGGUUCUUAGUACAGGUAAUGAAAUACGCAGAACAGAGAAUCCCCACUCUGAAUGAAUACUGUGUGGUCUGUGACGAACGACACACCUUUCAAUACGCCUCUAUGUUGAAGCCUGCAGUGUGUAGCAGGGAACUCUGCGUGUUGUCUUUCUACGCCUUGGGAGUGAUGGCAGGAGCUGCAGAGGAGGUGUCGAAUGGAGCAGAGGUAGUGGACUUGUUGGUAGCCAUGUGCCGGGCAGCUCUGGAGUCCUCCCGGAAGAGCAUCAUCUUCGAGCCAUACCCCUCUGUGGUCGACCCAUUCAACCCCAAGUCUUUGGCCUUCAGUCCCAAGAAGAAGAGCUACGAUCGACUGCAGAAAGCUCUGGACAGCAUCAUGACCAUCAGGGAGAUGACCCAGGGUCCGUAUUCAUCAAUCAAGAAACAGAUGGACACCAUAGAUCCUCUUGCUCACCCUCUGCUUCAAAGGAUCACAUCAAGCAACAGAUCGCAUAUUGUCAAGCUCCCGCUGAACAGGCAACUGAAGUUCAUGCACACUCCACAUCAGUUCCUGUUGACCAGUAGCCCUCCUGCUGAAGAAGCACGCUUCCGGGUCGCUAGGAAAGUAUAUGGCAGCACCUCCGCAUUCCAUGGUUCCCACAUAGAGAACUGGCAUUCUAUUCUGAGAAAUGGACUUGUCAACGCUUCAUCCACAAAACUGCAGCUGCAUGGUGCUGCGUACGGGAGGGGUAUCUACCUGAGUCCUGUCUCUAGCGUCUCAUAUGGAUACUCAGGAAUGGGUAAAGGACAGCACCACGUGACCACCAAACAGGAGCUGAGCAAACGUUACAACCGUAUCAACACCGUACAACAGGAAAGACAGGGCCAGUCCAGGUUUCUUCAGAGCAGGAAUUUAAACUGCAUUGCACUUUGUGAAGUGAUAACAUCAAAGGACCUUCAGAAACAUGGGGACACAUGGGUGUGUCCAAUAUCCGACCACGUCUGUACACGAUUCUUCUUUGUGUAUGAGAACGGCCAGGUGGGAGAUGCCGACAUCAACACCCAGGACAUAAGGAUUGAGCAAGAGAUAAUACGGGCGAUUGAGACUAAGCCUAUCUGAGGAGGACAUGUGAGACAGAGCUUUAAGUACAGUAUGGCUGGAGACGGCUAUAUGUACAGUAGAGCUCUGGCCAGGGAUACACAGCUAUAUGUAAAGUAUAGAUCUGGCAGGAGAUACACAGCUAUAUGUACAGUAUGGGUCUGGCUGGGGAUACACAGAUGGACCCAGGGAGGAUAGGGGACUCUUGCCAUUUAAACACUACUGAAACACUACUACAAUGCCGCAGAGCUGUGCUGCACUGGCCUGGUUACACAUGGACCACAUAGAUCAGGUAUCUGAAUAUCGUAUUGGCCAAUGAGGUACUUUGAAUAUCAUAUAUGGUCCAAUGGGGAACUUGGAACAUCGUAUGGACCAACCCUGAAUAUCACAUGGACCAAUGGGGAACUCUGAAUAUCAUAUGAACCAAUGGGGAACUCUGAAUAUCAUAUGAAACAAUGGGGAACUUGGAAUAUCAUAUGGACCAAUAGGGAACUUGGAAUAUCGUAUGGACCAAUGGGGAGACUUCAGAAUAUUGCAUGGACCAAUAGGGAGCUCCACACAGAAAGAAAGAAAGAAAGAAAGACAGAAAGAAAGAAAGAAAGAAAUGUGUCCUUACAAAAGGCAGUCACACAACUUCACAUGGAGACCUGAUCACUAUUGACCUCCAAGGGAAUGUCAUAUUUCAUUGUCAUUAGAGGCAACAGGAUUUGCUAUGUGACAGAUGUGGAGGGAUUUUCCCUUAUGAAUAUUAUAAUGUGAUUAUAACACGAUUAGGCUUUGCACAUUGGUCAUCAUUGCAACUGCCUCUAAAAAAACAAAACAAUGGAUUUGACUUGCCUUUAAAACAUAUAUCACAAUACAGCGAACAGUGGUUUGUAUCAGAACAUGACUAUUCUCGUGCAAUACUUUUAUAAUCAUUUCUUAUCACCAUAUUUUUUGUAUUAAAAUUUGGCGGAUUGUU